UCUGCGGUUGAAGAAGAGUGAACAAAGGCACAAAACAAAAAUGUUCAAGGUAGGCUGUGGUACAGUCAUAUAUUUUGGAAAAGACCUCUAGCUUUUUACCGUCACUAACCGAAAGAAAAACUAUAGCAAGACCACGGUAAAGUUUAGUAGACACUUUGUGAUUCCGCAUGAACUGAAGGUGUGUAAAACAGUUCGCUUGUUGUUUUCAUUCUGAAGUUCACGAAGUGGGAAAUCAGCUGUCGUGCAUAGGCCUACUGGGCUUCUGUUAAAGUAAAUCUGUCAUUUCAAAUUUAUAAGCACCGUAAUAGAAAUAUUUUACGGCCCCAUCGAGCUGAUCCAUCAUGACUUGAUGUUCCACAUUAUCCGCAUCUUCCUACCAGAGCAAAACAAUGGCCUGCGAUAUGAUUGAGAUUUCUCGCCAUAUUAAUGCGAAUCACAAGCAAGCCUGUAGUGACCUUGAGAAGGCCAGUCUAUUCAUCACAGAAGCAUUGCAGAGUGAGAUCCAGAGGAACACAAGUCUGUGCAUGUUAGUCCAUCGUCUGGAAGAGAGGGCAGCUGAGAAUGGAAGGAGCCAAUCAGAGCAGGUGGAGUCAAACCGGCAGCUCAAGCUCCAGGUGGAUGAACUACAGAAACAACUGGAGGACAAAGACAACUCACUAACACAAGCCAAACAGAGUAUUGCUGUCCUGAAGAAUGAACUGGGGGACCUGAAACAGCAGCUGCAGACCCACCAGAGUAAUCACAGGACGAUUCAGGAAGUGAUUGAGUGGCAACAGGAUGAGAAGCUGACCAAUAUUGUGAAAGAGGAGAAUAGUGUCCAGCAGAAUGUUCUUGUUCCAGUUAAAGUGGAAGAUGCUAAUGAUGAAUAUCUGUGUAAUCGAUCAGAUGAAACCGACGCCUCCACAGAACAGACAAUCUCCUCAUCUGCAGGCAGUAGAACGGAACUAGUGCAGGAAGAAGAUGAAAAGUUAGACAUGACUCCAGUCGUCAGCUCUGAUCCACUUCCAGUCAAGUUUUUGAGAUUAUCAGUGCAAUUGGUUGACUGUUGUGCAACACAAGGUCAUCAAAGAACAACCAGCAAGAAAAAUGAAGCUGGAGAAAACCCCAAUAAUGUAGGGAUAGCAGGAAAGGCAUCAGAAUUGCCAUUGUCUCCAGUCCCCAACUUCACAGCCGUCCCAGAGACAGAGGUGGAUAAUGGGAGGCCAUAUAAGUCUCCUGUCUGUGGAGAGGAUUUCCCCAGCAAGUCACCAAUGGACAAGCACCAGCAGGACAUUCACACAGGAGAGGAGCCUCAUCUCGAGCAAGACCAGCACACACACACAGGAAAAACGCCCCACCCCAAACAUCAUGGCAAACGUGUUACGAGGACAAAUGCUCUCUCCGCACAGAAGCGCUCUGACACAGGAGACAAGCGUCACCACUGUGACCAAUGUGACCAGAGUUUCUCGCGAGCACGAACCCUCAGGAGACACAAGCUCAUCCACACAGGAGAGAAACCUCACACAUAUACUGAAUGCAGCAAAUGUUUUAGACAGUUUGAAGGUCUCAUAUUGCACAGGUGCAUUCACACAGGCGAAAAGCUACACCGCUGUGGAGAAUGUGGCAAAACUUUCACACAAGCAUCCGGCCUCGCCAGACACAAGCUCAUCCACACAGGACAGAAGCCAUACUGCUGUGGAGAAUGUGGCAAGAGCUUCAGGCAAGCAGGAACCCUCAGGAAUCACAAGCUCAUCCACACAGGACAGAAACCCUACAAAUGUACUGAAUGCAGCAAAUGUUUUAGAGAAUCGGAAACUCUCAAAGAGCAUCAGCGCAUCCACACAGGAGAGGAGCUCCACCACUGUGGAGAAUGUGGCAAGAAUUUCACAAAAGCAGGCAACCUCGCCAGGCACAAGCUCAUCCACACAGGACACAAGCCGUACUAUUGUGACCAGUGUGGGAGGCGCUUCAGGCAAGCAGGAGACCUCAAGAAGCACAAGCUCAUCCACACAGGAGAGAAACCCUACAAAUGUACUGAAUGCAGCAAAUGUUUUAGAGAAUCUGGAACUCUGAAAAAGCACCAGCUCAUCCACACAGGAGAGAGACCGUACUGCUGUAGACAGUGUGGGAAGCGUUUCACCCAAACAGGACACCUCAGGAGUCACACGCUCAUCCACACAGGAGAGCAGCCCUUUCAAUGUAUGAUUGAUAUUUCUCACCAUAUUAAUGCGAAUCACAACCAAGCCUGUAGUGACCUUGAAAAGGCCAGACUAAUCAUCACAGAAGCAUUGCAGAGUGAGAUCCAGAGGAACACAACUCUAUGCAUGUUAGUCCACCGUCUGGAAGAGAGGGCAGCUGAGAAUGGAAAGAGCCAAUCAGAGCAGGUGGAGUCAAACCGGCAGCUGAAGCUCCAGGUGGAUGAAUUACAGAAACAACUAGAGGACAAAGACAACUCACUAACACAAGCCAAACAGAGUAUUGCUAUCCUGAAGAAUGAACUGGGGGACCUGAAACAGCAGCUGCAGACCCACCAGAGUAAUCACAGGAGUCAGGAAGUGACUGAGUGGCAACAGGUUGAGAGCCUGACCAAUGUUGUGACAGAGGAGAAUAGUGUCCAGCAGAAUGUUCUUGUUCCAGUUAAAGUGGAAGACGCUAAUGAUGAAUAUCCGUGUAAUCAAUCAGAUGAAACAGACACCUCCGCAGAACAGACAAACUCCUCAUCUGCAGACAUUAGAACGGAACUGUUGCAGGAGGAAGAUGAAAAGUUAGACCUGACUCCAGUCAACAGCUCUAAUCCAGAUCCAGUCAAGUUUUUGAGAUUAUCAGUACAACUGAUUGACUGUUGUGUAACACAAGGUCAUCAAAGAACAACCAGCCAGAACAUUGAAGAUGGAGAAAACCCCAAUAAUGAAGGGAUGGCAGGAAAGGGAUCAGAAAUGUCAUCGUCUCCAGUCCCUAACUUCAUAGCCGUCCCAGAGACAGAGGUGGAUAAUGGGAGGCCAUACAAGUCUCCUGUCUGUGGAGAGGAUUUCUCCAGAAAGUCAGCAAUGGAAAAGCACCAGCAGGACAUUCACACAGGAGAGGAGCCUCAUCUCGAACAAGACCAGCACACACGCACAGGAAAAACACCCCACCACCACAAACGUACUAUGAGGGCAAAUGCUCUCUCCGCACACAAGCGCUCUGACACAGGAGACAAGUGUCACCAAUGUGACCAAUGUGACCAGAGUUUCAAGCGAGCACAAAACCUGAGGAGGCACAAGCUCAUCCACACCGGAGAGAAACCUCACAAAUGUACUGAAUGCGGCAAGUGUUUUACUCAGUUGGGGAAUCUCAGAAUACACCUACUCAUCCACACAGGAGAGAGGCCGUACUGCUGUGACCAGUGUGGGAAGAGUUUCAGGCAAGCAAAGCACCUCAGGAAUCACAAGCUCAUCCACACAGGACAGAAACCCUACAAAUGUACUGAAUGCAGCAAAUGUUUUAGAGAAUAUGGAACUCUCAAAGUGCACCAGCGCAUCCACACAGGAGAGAAGCCAUAUUAUUGUGAUCAGUGUGGGAACAGUUUCAAACAUGCAGGAGACCUCAGGAAUCACCAGCUCAUCCACACAGGACAGAAACCCUACAAAUGUACUGAAUGCAGCAAAUGUUUUAGAGACUCUGGAACUCUGAAAAAGCACCAGCGCAUCCACACAGGAGAGAAACCGUACUGCUGUGGAGAAUGUGGCAAGAGUUUCAGGCGAGCAGGACAACUCAGGAGUCACACGCUCAUCCACACAGGAGAGAAACCCUACAAAUGUACUGAAUGCAGUAAAUGUUUUAGAGAAUCUGGAACUCUCAAAGAGCAUCAGCGCAUCCACACAGGAGAGGGGCUGUACUGCUGUGGAGAAUGUGGCAAGAGCUUCAGGCGUGCAGAACACCUCAGGAAUCACAAGCUCAUCCACACAGGAGAGAAACCCUACAAAUGUACUGAAUGCAGCAAAUGUUUUAGACGAUCUGGAACUCUCAAAGAGCAUCAGCGCAUCCACACAGGAGAGGCGCUGUACUGCUGUGGAGAAUGUGGCAAGAGCUUCAAGCGUGCAGGACACCUCAGGAAUCACAAGCUCAUCCACACAGGAGAGAAACCCUACAAAUGUACUGAAUGCAGCAAAUGUUUUAGAGAAUCUGGAACUCUCAAAGACCAUCAGCGCAUCCACACAGGAGAGAGACCGUACUGCUGUGACCAAUGUGGGAAGCGUUUCAGACAAGCGAGCUCCCUCAGGAAGCACACGCCCGUCCACACAGGAGAGAGGCCCUUUCAAUGUACAGAAUGCAGUAGAUCUUUUGGCCGAAUGGAAUGUCUCAAAGUACACCAGCAGCGCAUUCACACAAGGAGGCAUCUUCACGAUGCCAAAGAAUGUGGAUGAUCUUUUUCUCAUUUGGGGCAACUAAGAUCGCACCUUCGCACUCACACAGGACACAAGCCCACCCAACCGCAACUGUCAACACCGUGUCAAACAUUGUGUAAAUGUACCACAUCUCGCCUCACGCCACACACAUCCACAAUCACACGUGCGCAUUAAAGGACCAGUUCAGUCAAUGUCAACAUGCAGUUGUAAUGCUCACACUACCCUGGACAUGUCAGUACCUGAGGUUUUUUUUUUUUUUCAGCCUUUUCCGAGAUCUUGGUCUUUGUAAUGGGGGCAGCGCUUUGUUCUCAUGGUUAAUUUUAAUUCAAGAAUUACCAAUAUUAUGGAUGCUAUUGCCCCCUUCAAACACAAAACAGUGGGACAUCAAAAAGCACCUUGGAGAAUGAAUCCCACAGUUAAAUUGCUAAAGCAAGAAUGUAGGAGAGCUGAGAGACAGUGGCGUAAAUCCAAACUUGAAGUCCACUGACAAAUCUAUAAACACACGCUCUCGAAAUACAACCAAGAAAUUUCCAAAUCUAGACAAUCUUUUUUCUCUGACAUAAUUAAUAGAAAUAUGAAUAAUGCACGAGUCCUAUUUGGCACUGUUGAGAAGUUAGCAAAUCCCCCAAAUCAAAUGCCCUCUGACUUCCUCUCAGUGAGCAAAUGCAAUGAGUUUGCAUCCUUUUUUAACGGAAAGAUUGAAAAAAUACGUACAAACAUCCGCACACAGGUGCAACUGGCCCAUGACGUGGACCACUUUGAUACAGUGAAGUUGUCUCUAAACUCCAUGAGAACUUUUCAUUUAGUUUAUUUGGACAUUCUUAGCAGAACUGUGCAAAGUCUCAGCUCCUCUACAUCCGACUUAGAUAUUCUACCAACAGCCUUCUUCAAAUCCGUCUUGAUAUCACCUGACCUACUUCAGAUCAACAACACCUCACUACCAACUGGCAUAUUCCUAGGCUGUCUGAAAGAAGCAGUUGUAAAACCAUUACUUAAAAAGAACAACCUGGAUCCAUUGGUACUAAAUAACUAUAGGCCCAUAUCUAAGAUUCAAUUAACUGCCUUCCUAACGUCCAAUAGCUGUUUCGACAAGUUUCAAUCAGUUGUAUUAAGUUCAUUAUGUCUAACUGUUUAACUUAAACACUUAGGGGUUUCUUUUGCCUUAAGACAUGUAAAAGUUUUUAUCUUUUACCUGACAUGUUUCGACGGUGUUACUUCCGUCUUCAUCAGAGGGUCACUGUGAUGUUGAUGAGUGACGUGCUUUAAAAACAGCUGAUGUUGUUGUGGAGGUGUGACCUCCCUGCCAAUAAUGACAGGUUGGUCACACCUCCUGCUGUUAGAGUUGUCCUCUUGGGAUGGUGGUCCAGGUGUGUGAGAGCAUGUAUGCCCCCUCAUCCCUGUUCAUGGUACUUGGGCUACGCUUUCUGAUCUCCAUAGACUCCUUAAUCCAGCGGUGGUAUCUGUUCUCUUGCUGUAUGACUUUUGCCUUGUCCCAGUCCAUGAUGUGAUUUUCCCUCCUACAGUGGUCAUUUAUUGCUGAUUUGAGGUUAUCCUGUGUGGCUCUCACCUUUAUUGCUCUUGUAUGUCUUUGUUCUGUUUCCCUUUCACACUCUUUCUUAUGCUCAUUUUUUCUUAUGUUGAAUGUCCUCCCUGUCUCCCCAAUAUAUGACUUGUUGCAUGACCGGCACGGAAUCUCAUAUAUGACAUAGCAUUUGUUUUGUUGGUCUAUUUGUCCUUUGGAUGUACUAGCAGCUGUCAUAGUUUGGUGUGUGGCUUUACUGGCGUUUGUAUCUUGUGUUUUUUCAUGGCUCGCUGUAUGCGUUCUGUGAUCCCUUUGAUGUAGGGCAGGAUCACCAUUCCUUUGUUUUCCGGUUUUUGUGUGGUCUGCUUUCUUCUUUUCUUCCCUUGUGUUUCUUCCUUCGUUUUUACCUGUAGGGCGCCUUUCUGAAUGGCCCAUGGCGGGUAUUGGCAAGCUGCAAGUGCCUCUCGAAUGUGUUGUUCCUCAGCUGCACGUUUGUCGGGAUCGGUUAUGAUGGAUGCGCGUUCGUAGAGGGUUCUGACGACGGAUAGUUUGUGCGCAAUGGGGUGUUUGGACGUCCAGAGUGAAUAUUGGUCCGUGUGUGUUGUUUUUCUGUAGAUGGUUAUUCUGAUGUCUCCCUCGUCUGUGUGGUGAAUUUUAAUGUCCAGGAAUGCUAUUGAUUUGUCCUUCUCCUCCUUGUGUGUGAAUUGUAUGUUGCCAGUUUGGUCUAUGGAGUUGAGGUGAUCAGUUAGUUGUUGCGUUAGUCCAAUUUUUAUUUUCUCCAAAAUGUCGUCCACAUACCUCCACCACAACGUGGGUCUGCAUUCCUCUGGGGCAGAUGUAUUUAAAGCACGUCACUC